AUCAAGAACGUUUUUAAAAUGUAAUAUAUUGACGGAAUUCAUUUGAUUUGGAUUGUAUUGGAGAAAAAAUACUCGCAAAAUUUGAACUGUGGGGCUAUAAGCGGGUAGGCUUAUUUUAGGUAGGUGAGAGGUUUGCGAAAUCACCGUUUCCUUCCGCCAUUUAGUUUUCCACCAUUGCUAUUUCACUUGGAAAGCAGGACGACCUCUCCCACCUAGGAGGCCAUUGUAUUGCCAGCAGAGGAGAACAAAAAAAAAUAUUUCCCCCCCAAAAAAACUCAAACUUAACCAACUCUAUUCAAGAACUCUGACCAAAAACUUUCACAGAUGAAUCCUACAGCACCAAACUACCCGAUGGCGUCGUUGUAUGUAGGCGACUUGCACCCGGACGUGACAGAGGCUCUUCUCUUCGAGAAAUUCUCUUCUGCCGGACCCGUCACCUCUAUUCGCGUUUGUCGGGACAUGAUUGCUCGCCGUUCUCUCGGUUAUGCCUACGUGAAUUUCCAACAGCCAGCUGAUGCUGAAAGAGCUUUAGACACAAUGAACUUCGACGCCAUCAAAGGGAGACCCAUCCGCAUCAUGUGGUCUCAACGUGACCCUUCCCUUCGUAAAUCAGGCCUGGGUAAUGUCUUCAUCAAAAACCUCGACAAAAGCAUUGACAACAAGGCAUUGUACGACACAUUCUCAGCAUUUGGUAAUAUUCUGUCUUGUAAAAUCGUUUCUGAUGAAAGCGGAUCUAAAGGGUAUGGAUUUGUACAUUUUGAAACUGGAGAAGCUGCUCGUUGUGCUAUUGAAAAAGUCAACGGUAUGUUACUGAACGGGAAAAAAGUAUACGUCGGAAAGUUCAUUCCUCGAAGGGAACGAAUGCAACAGCUUGGAGAUAAAUACAAAAAGUUUACUAAUGUCUAUGUGAAGAAUUUCAAUGAUGACCUGGAUGACGAUAAACUACGCCAAGUAUUUGAGAAGUUCGGCAAAAUAGCCAGCGCUAAAGUGAUGAAAGACGAGACAGGAAAAUCCAAGGGGUUCGGGUUUGUGAGCUUUGAAGAGGCUGAGGCGGCUGAAGCUGCUGUAAAUGAAAUCAAUGGCAUGGAUAUGAACGGGCGCAUACUUUAUGCCGGCCGAGCACAGAAAAAAGCUGAACGACAAGCUGAAUUGAAGGAGAAGUUUGAAAAAAUUAAAAUGGAGCGUAUUAACCGUUACCAAGGAGUGAAUCUUUAUGUGAAGAAUUUAGACGACGCCAUUGAUGAUGAGCGUUUACGUAAGGAAUUCUCUCAGUUUGGAACUAUCACCAGUGCUAGAGUUAUGACCGAAAAUGGACGAUCUAGAGGAUUCGGUUUCGUUUGCUUCUCAUCCCCUGAGGAGGCUACGAAGGCAGUGACCGAGAUGAACGGCCGCAUCUUAGUGUUCAAACCGCUGUACGUUGCUUUGGCUCAACAGAAGGAAGAGCGUAAGGCCCAACUCGCCUCACAAUAUAUUCAGAGAAUACAAACUAUUAGAAACCCGCUUAGUUCGAUCAACACCAUCUUCCAGGCCAGCAAUCCAACCAGUUACUUCGUACCAACCAUGCCUCAACAAAGAUACUAUCCCUCUCCGAUAACGCAGUUGAGGGCCCCGGGUCCUCGCUGGCAAACAGCUAUUAGGCCAGCCCCGGCCCAGCAGGCCGCUGCGUACCAGUCUUUGGCUACACAGCAGAUGAGACAAACCCGUCCAACGGGGGCUCAGUCUACAGUUCGCAGCAACCUUGGUUCUCGGCCCAUCACUGGACAAACAGGACAGAGAAUGGCUGUCCCUCCCUCCGUUACCGGAAGACAAACUAACAUGCAGUCACAGAAUUCCAGAGCCAACUUUAAAUUCGGCCCGAUGAGACCUCUCGGCCCCAUGAGUACGAUGCAAUCGAUGCUAGGUCAGCCCACUGCCCAGCAACCGGUAGUCGUCCACGGACAAGAACCUCUCACCUCCGGUAUGUUGGCAGCAGCUCCACCACAAGAACAGAAACAGAUGCUUGGUGAAACCCUCUUCCCGUUGAUUCACGGUAUGUACCCUGACAUGGCUGGCAAGAUCACCGGUAUGUUGUUGGAGAUUGACAACUCUGAGUUGUUACACAUGAUCGACUCUCACGAGUCGUUGCAGGCCAAAGUUGAGGAAGCCCUGGCCGUGUUGCAGGCACACCAGGCUAAGGAAGCUGCUGCCACCAAUGCUGGGGUCGUCAAGAAAGACUGAAGAGAACAAAACAUCAACAACAUCAAGAAGAUGAAAAAGAGAAAAUGAAAAAAAACACCAAACCACAGUGAAGUAUAGCAAAAAAAAAUGAAACACGAAAAAUCCUUUUCACCUCUCCCAUCACCAGACUUAUCCUUUUUCUGUCAUGUUUAAAUGAUUUUUCUUUUCUUUUUUUUUUUAAUUAUUAUUAUUUGCUGAUUUCUGAUUGUGAUGAUUAUUAUUAUUAUUAUUGUCAUUAUCAAUGAUUAUUAUUAUUAUUAUGAUGUCUUUAUCUGCUAACCUCCUACAUGUCUCCAAGUCUCUCUUCUCCAUCUGCCAAUCUAUUUCAACCGUCUCCAUCACGCACACACACGUACACCACUAUCUUCGUUUCUAUAUAAAAUGAUGGAUAACAACAAUUGACCAUCUUCCACUACAAUUACUACUACUAUUACUGUUAUUUUUAAUUAUUAUUAUUAUAUGAUUAUUAUUAUUAUUAUUAUUACUACUACUAUACUACUACACUACUACAAUUGCCAGUACCAACCAAGUGUGUGUAUGUGUGUCUGUAGAGAAUAUCUCACUCCCCCCCUCCACUUUAAGGUGCCUCUUCGGUUGGUGGAGUCUGUUGUCCUGUCCUCUAAUAAUUUUUUUUUACCUUAAAAAUGUCUCCUUUUUUAAAAAAAAAAUUUAUUUUUUAUGUUUAUUCUGUUGGGAAAUAUUCACCCCUUUUCACAGAUGCGGGUGGUGGAGAGAGCAGGUAACACUACUUGAUACUCUCUCCCUCUCUCUCUGCAUAUAUAUUAUAGUUGUAAUAAUGUUAUAUAUACAUGUGGUAUGUUAUAUAUAUAUAUAUAUAUAUAUAUAUAUAUCUAUCUAUAUAUAUAUAUGUGAAUCUGUAUGAACUACCACCCCCAUCCUGGGGUAGAUUGUCCCAUCUCAUAAACUCCAGAAAUAUUUUGAUCAUUAUCAUAAUGCUGAUGGUGAUAGUUUUAUAUUUAUUUUACCAUUAUUAUUAUUUUUUUUUUAAUUGGAAACAAAGUAUUAUAAAAAAAAAAUUGGAAAAACUAGAAAGAGAAAAAAAAUAUCUCCUCCUGCUGCUGCAAUUAACUAUAAAUGAAAAUAUAACCAAAAAAAAUGUAACAGUUAAAAUUUGCCCAAAAAAAAGAAAAAAAGUACGAUACAUAUUGGAGAUGUUGAAAGAUUUUAGUUGUGAUGGAGACUGGUCGUAGAUUUGUACGAAUGAUUUACAACAACAUCAUUAACAACAACAACAACAAUAAUUAUAAUUAUUAAUUAAUUAAUGUGUGGAGAAGGAGAGAGAAACAAAACUAAACUACUAAAACUUUUUUUGGCCAACAACCUGUAUAUCUGUCUGUCUCUCUUUUUUUUUUCUCUCUCACCACACCCACGUGCGUGCUGUGACUGUGUAUAUAUAUGUGUGUAUGUAUGUGUACCGUGACUUAAUCAAUUGUCCUCAUGUCCAUCUAUCUGUUUUCUCCUCUAUUUAUUUUUUAUUAUUCUAUUUCGUAUUGUUUCCUUGCUGGACAUAAUGGAGUUGACCCAUGUCUAUGUACAUUAUUAUUAUUAUUAUUAUUAUUAUUAUUAUUAUAAUUUUGUAUUUUUGUUCUAUGAUUUUUCCUUUUUCUAGGUCACUCCCUCACAGCCCACACUUUUUAUAACUUGUCUACUUGUUCCACCCUCUCUGUUAUUUUACCAUUAUUAUUAUUAUUAUUAUAACUACUACUACUUACUACUAUUACUGUUACCACGUGUCCUGGUUGGCUUCAAUUUAGUUUCUUUCUGUAAUCUUGGAAGAGGGAAAUGGUUUUCUCCAAGAAACCUCCUCUCCGAAAAAAUGCAACAACUAAAAUUGAAAAUUUGUUUUCUUGGAAAUUAUAUAUGAGUAUAUAUAUAUAUAUAUAUAUAUAUGUAUAUAUAUAUAUAGUAUAUAUAAAAUUCUACAAUAAAAAUGUCAAUUUAACGUUUUUCUUUCUUGGAAGUAGUGUUUUUUAGUUCCUCCCUCUCUCUCCUUACCAUUCCCAUACACACACACACACACAUAUAUUAUAUGUAAUACACUUUGUAUGUGAACAUAGGCAACGUCUAAAUGACAUUGUUAUUUAAAUCCCCCCCCUCUUCACUUCAAAAUUAAACUAAAAAUUUAUUUGCAAAAAAAACAACAACCUAAAAAACCUCUCACAAAUCUUAGACAAAUAAUAAAAAAAAAUAAAAAUAACAAGCUUUAGAUUUUCUAAUAAAAGUUACUGAAAACCCAAAUAAUUUAAAACACUGAAUCUCUUGUACUAGGUUCCUGAAAGAGAUUUUGUUUAAAAGUCUUAUGUAGAGAAGAUUUUUUUAAAGAAAAUUUUUAAAAUGAUGCAAAGAAAAAAAAAAAUAAUAAUAAUAUAUCUGUUAAAUGCUCAGGUAAUGAUGAUUAAAUUGUAAAAGAAAAAUAAAUAAAUGAAAAAAUAUAUAAUCCAAAGAAAGAAAAAAAUCGUAACAAGGAAAAAAACAACCCCAAACUUAAAAUUUUAAAAAUUGCAUUAACAGCUGCAAAUGUAUCUUGCAUGCAUGUAUGUGUAUGUAUAUAUAUGUAUAUAUAAUAUAUAUAUAUAUAUAUAUACACACACAUAUGUAUAUAUAUACAUACACACAUAUAUGUAUAUAUAUACAUACACACACUUCUAUAUUUUGAAUGUUUCAAAACUCCCAACAAAACUUUCAGAAAAUGGUGGUUAACAGUUUUUUUGUUUAUUUUAUUUUUAAGGCAAUCUUCCUAGAAAACUUAUGGGUCAGAUUAGCCUCUUUGAAAAAAAAACACAGGAAAAAAGAGUAUAAAAAAAACCCAAGUUAAUAUAUAUAAAAUAAAACUUUGAAAAAAAAAAAGAAA